AUGGCUCAUAAGGCAAAGCAACUGGCAGCAAAGGUGGUUGAAGGAUCUUUUAAAGAUCAAUAUAGAAGGAUUUAUGAUUAUGCUCAUGAGAUAAUUAGAUCAAACCCUGGAUCCACAAUGAAAGUUAAAGUGGAAGAUGUUAAUGAUGAGAAUAUUUUCAUGCGCAUUUACACUAGUCUAAAGGCAUGCAAGGACAAUUUUGUAAGCACCUAUGCAGUAGUUGAAGUUGAGAACGAAGACACAUGGAGCUGGUUCUUGGAGUUGUUGGUUGAGGACUUGGGAGGAUUGCUUCCUGCCAUACAAGAGCUAUUGCUUGGGGCUGAGCAAAGAUUUUGUAUGCGCCAUCUAUACAAGAAUUAUAGAAAAAAGUUUGGAAGCAAGCAACUAAAAACCUUGAUGUGGAAGGCUACAACCGGCACAUACCCAAGAGCGUGGGAAAGAGAAAUGCAUAAUAUUGAAGAAGUGAACGAGGAGGCCUUUAAAUACCUAAUAGCAAUUCCACCAAGUUGGUCAGGUCAAAAAUUGUUUGAAGUUAGACAUGUCUCACUAAUUGGAGACAAGUUCACUGUGAACAUAGAAAUCCAGGAAUGCAGUUGUAGGAAAUGGCUUAUUAGUGAGAUCCCAUGCUGCCAUGCAAUUAUUGCCAUGAACUUCCUCAACUUAAAGGCAGAAGAUUACAUUCCACAUUGGUUCAGACGUACAACAUAUGAAGAGAUAUACAACUCUAUAGUUCUACCUGCCAAUGGUCACCUUUUCUGGGAAACAAAUGCCUUCCCUGAUGUUCUACCACCACUUAAAAGAAGGCUUCCAGGGAGACCAAAGAAGAAGAGAAGGCUGGAAGAUUGGAAACUGAAAAAAGAUAACACCCAAAUUAGGCUAGGUGGUCAUAGAAAGAGAUGUUCAGUUUGUCGCGCACUUGGGCACAAGAGGAACAAUUAUCCAGCACUUCCUGUCCAUGGCUGUGAAGAACGUCCCACUGAAGCUGUAGCACCACAACCAACUCAACCCACACCAAGUGAACCACCACCAAGUCAACCAUCUGCAGCACCCACUCCACCUGCAACAACAACCCCACCAACAACAAUAACCCCACCAAUAGCAACAACCCCACUAGCAGCACUACUACCACCAAACACUGCAGUAUAA